ACUGAGAGAGCGCGUCUGGCUUUUCUGAAUGGGAUGUAAAACAUGUGAGACAUUCUUGUAUUUCAAUGGAGAGGCCAAAACUGAAACAGGAGAACGAGAAGGCUGGGAAAACAGUCAGGUUUAGAGUAGCGUCUGCCAACAGUGGCCGGGUCUUGGCGGAGGUGUUCAAGGAUGAGAGAGCCUGGUGCGGCUUGGUGGAGGACUCGGUGGAGGACUCGGUGGAGUCUGACUCGAUCAGCAGCCCAGAGGCAGAGCAGCAGGGCGGCUCUCUCCCCACCAGCGAGGCCAACCGCCACCUGAACGGUUUGGUGGUGGAAGCAGCCGUGGACGAGAACGGCUGUGAACCCGAUGACCUGCUUUUGUACGCCAGUGCCAAGAGAGAGAUGCUGUUUAGCAACAAGCGGAUCAAUAUAUGCAGCAAGAAUGGGACCGUGAGAGGAGUGAGGAACAAAGUGAGCGCAGGCCAAGUGCUUUUCAACAACCUCUCCAACAUGUACUCCGGUUCCCUUCGUCACCAGAAAAGGAGACCCUGGGAAAAGUAGUGAACAGCGUGGGAUUUCACACCGUGGGCACAUCAGGGAGGAGCAGUCCUGAGGAAGAAGAUUGUCUUACAGCUUUGCCUCCACCCUGAAUCCCUUUCAGUGACUUCUGUUUCUUCACGUGACGUGGAGUCAUUCACGAUCCCAGCCUCAUAUUUACAUGUGCCUUCAGGAUAUUUUUGACCACAAAUAUUUUUGAUUUGACUUCUUGUAUUACUUUUCACAGCUGUUUAUGGGCAGCUAGGAAACUAAACUGGAUAGAGUUAAUAUAUGUACAGACAUUGAACACUACAGACGUUUAUUUUAUUGCAAUUUGGAAUUUAUUGGGGUUUAUUUCAUUACAACUUGUUGAAAGUAACAACCUGUCCACAUAUGAUUCUGUCAAACAAAUCUUAAGUUUUAAAAGUUUUCUGGUUUACUGACAGAGAAAAAAUGUUUUGUGUGAAGAAACAAAGAAGGAUUGUCCAAUUAAAUGCGAUUUUGUUCAUACAAUUUCAUUUUUAACUCCUUUUUGCAUUGAAAAUGGAAAAAGUGAUUGUUGAGGAUUAAA